GAGCGAGGGGGAGGGGGCGAGGAUGACGGCAGCUUCACGUCAGGUACCUUAUGAAACUUUGAACAAGCGCUUUCGAGCCGCUCAGAAAAAUAUUGACCGAGAAACAAGUCAUGUGACCAUGGUAGUUGCAGAACUAGAGAAAACCUUGAGCAACUGCCCAGCUGUGGAUUCUGUAGUGACCUUGCUGGAUGGAGUGGUGGAGAAACUCAGCGCCUUAAAGAGAAAGGCAGUUGAGUCGAUACAAGCUGAAGAUGAGAGCGCAAAAUUGUGUAAACGUAGAAUUGAACACUUGAAAGAACACAGCAGUGACCAAGCAGCAGCAGUUAAUAUGUGGAAGAAAAAACGCAUGGACCGUAUGAUGGUGGAACACUUGCUGCGAUGUGGCUACUAUAACACUGCGGUUAAACUGACUAAACAGAGUGGAAUUGAGGAUCUUGUGAACAUUGACAUGUUUCUUACAGCAAAGGAGGUUGAGGAGUCGCUGGAAAGGCAAGAGACUGCCACUUGUCUGGCCUGGUGCCAUGACAACAAGUCAAGGCUGAGAAAAAUGAAGAGCUGUCUGGAGUUCAGCCUGAGGAUUCAGGAGUUUAUUGAACUUAUCCGACAGAACAAGAGGCUGGAAGCUGUCAGGUACAGGACAUAAGACUUCUCCCCCCAG